AAAAAGAGAUUGCAUAUAUUUCGCAGCUCCGUGAGGAAAGAGCCAGAGGGCAUUGCUCCAGGGUUCGGCAGGAAAGAUUGGGCCGAAUGGCCUCCCUCCAUAAAUUUGUGUCACUGUCCACCAGCAGUUUCGAAUCGCUGUAGCUCAGGAGGGAGAAGCUUGCACACACAGCAAUCGACAGAUAUCCUGUUGACAUGAGAUGACUCGGGGUAUCAUUGAGAAAGUGCUGUUUGAAAUCUUGAAAUCCGGCUCGGCGUGCCUGACUUUGGGCACCCGAUAGUCGUUCUCCUCCCUGCUUUCAGGAAGACGUGUUUGGUGAAGACCGGUCUGAACAACAUGCAGACCUGGAAGUGGCUCGUCUGUGUCAGGCUCACUGUGCUGCUGUACUUUGUGAAAGUUUCACAGCAGGGAGCACACCAAAGAAAACUCUACCAGGACUUGCUGAAAAAUUACAAUCGCUUGGAGCGUCCUGUACUGAAUGAUUCACAGCCGCUCACUGUUGAUCUUGGGGUGACCUUAAUACAGAUAAUUGAUGUGGAUGAGAAAAAUCAAGUGCUGAUCACUAAUGUUUGGCUGCAUAUGCACUGGAAAGACUGCUACCUAAAGUGGAAUGUUUCUGAAUAUGGUGGUAUACGCACCUUACACUUUCCUUCAGACUAUGUGUGGGUCCCAGACAUUCUCCUCUACAACAGUGCUGAUGAAAGAUUUGAUGCAACUUUUCACACCAACGUUCUUGUAAAUUCCACUGGACAUAGUCAAUACCUCCCACCAGGUAUUCUGAAGAGUACAUGCUACAUUGAUGUCCGCUGGUUCCCCUUUGACGUCCAAAGGUGCGAUUUAAAAUUUGGCUCAUGGACGCAUGAUGGUUGGUUAGUGGACCUGCAGAUGUUGGAAGCUGAUAUUUCUACUUAUUUACCAAAUGGAGAAUGGGACCUUGUUGGAGUACCAGGAAAGAGGAAUGAGAUCCAUUAUGAUUGCUGUGAUGAGCCCUAUCCAGAUGUGACCUACACUGUGCUGAUACGCAGACGUACUCUCUAUUAUGGACUAAACUUGCUGAUUCCAUGUGUCUUAAUAUCUGGACUGGCACUCCUUGUAUUCCUGUUACCAGCUGAUUCUGGAGAGAAGAUUUCAUUAGGAAUCACUGUGCUCCUGUCCUUAACAGUAUUUAUGCUGCUCGUAGCUGAAAUAAUGCCAGCAACAUCUGACUCUGUCCCAUUGAUUGCUCGGUACUUUGCAGCAACAAUGUUCAUCGUGGGCUUGUCUGUGGUCGUCACUGUGUUGGUCCUUCAGCUUCAUUACCAUGAUCCUCAUGGAGGAACGAUGCCAAAGUGGUUACGAGUGGUGCUGUUGAACUGGUGUGCUUGGUUUCUUCGGAUGAAGAAGCCGGGAGAUGGAAAGGGCAGCGUGCCGUGCAGGUAUAAUCAGCAACAACAAAGCUUCAGCACUGUGGAGAUGAGUGGAAUACCCAGUCAGCGGUCUGGCAAUGGCAACAUGAUCUAUUUUGGCUACCACGCUGUGGAGAACCCCUGCUGCCCUGCCAGUGCUGACCCGGGUAUGAUGUGCAGUCGGAUCACUAGCUCACCUUCCAAGGACAGUGGCUGCGCUCAGAACACCCCUCUGGUCGGAAGCUCCCUGGAGAUUGUGAAGAUCCUGGAGGAGCUUCAGUUCAUCGCCAGGCGCUUUCGGGACCAAGACAAGGGUGAAGCUGUCUGCAGUGAGUGGAAGUUUGCUGCUGCAGUUGUUGACAGAUUGUGCUUAGUGGCAUUUACAGUGUUUUCUAUCAUUUGUACAUUUGCCAUUUUAAUGUCAGCCCCUAAUUUCAUAGAAGCAGUUUCAAAAGAUUUUGCAUGAGGCUUAAUUUGAUUCAACAAAAUAUAUUUAUUUCUGAACAAGUCUUCAGACGUUAGCAAGACAAAAAUACAAGUGCUAAGUAACAUCUUUGAACAAAAAGAUGUUCAGGAAAGUCAUUUCUCAGAAAGUCGAAUACAGAUCCCUUUCAUUCCAAUCCUGCAACAUUUUUUUCAAAAACAUGAUGGCAUUCAUUUUAUAUUUCCAUUUGAUGAAGAGACAUUUGAUGAGAAAAAGUUGCUUUCCCUUAAUGGUGCAUUUAAAUUCUUCCAAAUUUUUACAUGUGCUUGCAUCUUGUUGACAUGGCCUGACAAUUAAAUUACUUGCGAAUUAAAAGCUGCCAGGCCAUGUCUGGUCCCCACAGUAAUUGAAAUGGCAACAAGAAACUCAGCAAUGUAAUUUGGAGACGAAAUUUCUUUUUUGCCAAAACAGAAAUGGAUGCCUGUUUUUCUUUGACAUUAUUAGGACAAAAUAAAAUAAACGAGUUUCACUUCUAAUGUAAUUUUAUCAAUGCAUGAUGAUUCAUGGAUAAAAACAAAUGUACACCUAUUUCUGUUGUAUAACGAACCUUUGAACUGAAAUGCUUGUAGAAACAUAUAAAAGACAGGAGCAGAUGAAGGCUAUUCGGCCUCUUGAGCCUGCUUCACCAUUCUUCACGAUCAUGGCUGAUCGUCCAACUCAGUCGCCUAAUCCUGCUUUCUCCCCACAACCUUUCAUCUCAUUCACCCCAAGUGCUGUAUCUAGCCACCUCCAGACUGCAUUCUGUGUUUUGGCAUCAACUGCUUCCUGGGGUAAUGAAUUCCACAGGCUCACCACUCUUUGGGUGAAUAAGUAUCUCUUCAUCUCAGUCCUAAAUUGUCAAUUCUGAAUCCUGACUGUGAACUGUGGUUCUGGACACACCCACCAUCAAGAACAUCCUCCCUGUAGCCACCCUGUCUAGUCCUGUUAGAAUUUUAUAAGUCUCUGUGAGAACCCCCUCAUUCGUUUGAACUCUAGCAAAAACAAUCCCAAACUAGUCAACCUCUCCUCAUAGGUCAGACCUGCCAUCCCCGGAGUCAGCCUGGUAAAUCUUUGCUGCACUCUCGAGAGAGAGAGAGAGAGAGAGAGAGAGAGAGUGAGAGAGAGAGCAAGUGCAUCAUUCCUCAGAAAAGGAGACCAAAACUGCACACUGUAUUUUAGGUGUGGCCUCACCAAGGCCCAGUAUAACUGCAACAACACAUCCCUGUUGUACUCGAAACCUCUCACCUUGAAGGCCAACAUACUGUUUGUUUUCCUUACCGCCUGCUGUACCUGCGCUCUUACCUGCAGCAACUGGUGCACUAGGACACCCAGGUCCCGCUGCACACUCCCCUCUCCCAAUUUACAGCCGUGAUUUAUAAAACAAGGAAAAAAAUGUUCCGUGACACUGGGAAAAGGGAAAUACAAAACUGAACGCACAUAUUUCCAACAUAGUCCCUUUCUUCCAAGAGUCUGUCCUUUGUUAAUGUUUGGUCAUGUGAGCAGGGAAAUAGUUAAAUAUUAAUACAUUUAAAACAAUAAGUAUUUAAGAGCUGGUUUCACUGGUGGUAGUCGUGACCAGCAGUGGGUUUUUCCACGAGAAGAACCUGUAAUUUGUAUGUGAUGCUUAUGUUGGAGCAACUCGGGAGUUUAAUGCAGUAAUUAAGACCAGCUGGGACUAAUCAUGACUGGUAUGAUGUGGUAAGACUUAAAACAAUAUUCCAUGGAGAGAAACUCUGAUUAAAAUUGUAGGAUGAACUGCACCACAUAGAAUAUUAUGGGAGGCUUAACAAAUUAUACACUGAAUGUGGACUGCAACUUGUACAUGGAUUGAGUACCACUGUAUAUAUACUAAAACAAAACCUCAUCUUGUAAAUUGUUGUGAACGAUCACUUCUCAUAUCAAACAAAAGGAAGAAAGACUUCUUUUUGGUGACUUGUUCAAUAUAAAUUCCUCAACCAAUGUCUCUCGAAAGAGUAACAAAAACAUAAGUUGCUGGUAAAGCUCAGCACGUCUGGCAGUAUCUGUGACAAAAAUUCAGAGUUAGCGUUUCAGGUCCAGUGACCCUUCCUCACCAGACCAAAAACAUCAACUUUGAUUGUUCUUCACGGAUACUGGCAGAGCUGCUGAGCUAUUCCAGCAACUUCAUUUUUGUUCUUGAUUUACAGCAUCCACGGUUCUUUCUUUUAUACUAGAAAGUGUUACCUGCUCAUUAUUUGAGGCGCUUUACUGCUUACAGUCUGACUGUUGGAUUUCCAACAUUCCAAUAAUGAUUACGCUUUAGGAAUACUUUAUUGGCUGUGAGGCAUGUUAAGACACAGAGAGUUUGUACAAGGCUCGAUAUAACUACAAGUUCUUUCUUCCUUUCCAAUAACUAUCAUUAGGUAAAAUGUAUGGGAAAGAAACAAAUUAUUCAGUCUAUCUACUUUGUGCUGGCAUUUUAACAUUAUGCAAGUUGCCUUGCACUUUACAUCUGUAACAUUUUUAGCACAUCUACCUAUUCCAAUCUCCCUCAUGCAUGUGUCUAGCUUUUUCGCAAGGCCAUCUACGCUGCUUGCUUCAGCUACUCCACGUGGUAGCAUGAUACAUGUUCUAACUACUUAUGUGGCAAGAUAUUGUUUCACACCAUUUGAAAAACAUGCAGCUUGAUUCAGCAUAUUCCUUUUUUCCUCAAAAGCCUGGAAAAGAACUGUUACUCAAACCAAAGGAUUCAAGUUAGAAAGAAAUGUAUUUUGUGGAUGAAUGAGCAACAGAUGGGAUGGAAAAGAGUUGUGUUGGGCUAUAAAAGCACAUUUGUGAAUUGUGUCUUCAGCUCUUUUGCAAAAUUUCUUGCACCUAGAAGGUAAAAGACCUUCAGUUACUUAUGGAGUUAUGGUCCUAUUUAUUAGUAAUGACCAAUAUGUAAAUGCUAGUUUAUGCUUCUGCAACAGGAGUGAGCUGUGUUUCGGGCACUCAGUGCUUUGCUGAAAAUCUGAACUUUGAUUUUGAUCUGUUAUUUAAGGAUAUUAAAAAAAUUGAAGUGCAUAUAUUUGCACAAGGUGAUGUACAAAGGCACUUGACUGUUUGCAGGGUCAAUAAAACCUCAUGCUACUGAUCAAAUAUAUUUGUUACUGCUCCAAUAAUAAGUCUGGUCAGCUGUGACAUCUAUCAAAAAUAAUGCCAUAAUUAGUUCUUGCUAUCUGGCCGUUAGUAUUAAAGUGUUUCUCUUGCAAUGUAUACUUUAUUUGAUCAGUUAUUUGAAUUAAAUUAUGCUCUGAGGAAAACCCAGAUGUCCAUUCAUUUAAUGGUUGCUGUUGUAUUCCAGACUAAAUGUCUUUAACCACUUAACAGCUGCUUGAGUUGUGUUACCUAUUAGUCGUUACCUUGACUUGUGUGUUCCCUCUCAACUUCAAUCAAGUUUGUGUGCUGACCUGAGAUAAUGGGAACUGCAGAUGCUGGAGAAUCCAAGAUAACAAAGUGUGAAG